AUGCGCCGUUUAGGGGUCUUUUGUCGUGGAUUCCACAGACUUGAAUCUCUGAAAACAGAGGACGGGCCCGAAGAUCGAUCGGUAGCUUACGUGUUGAGCGGUGAUCAGACAUCCACGCGUUCCUCCUCUCUUCGCAGGGAUUUUUCAGUGUCCACGGUGCCUUUUGCGCGUGAAAUUAAAGGCGGUACGGCUGCAAUGGGCAGCAAUAGCUUCAAGGCCAGCUGGAGUGAUCAGGAGAGCACUUUAAAGCCGCAGGAAGCCAGCAGAGAAUCCGAAGCGGGAGAAGGAGCAGGCGCAAGGGGGGGGGAUGAGGAGACAGCCUCGCAGCCCUCAAGACCUGCAGCAGCAGCUGUUGCAGCUGCUGUGGGUGGGGAUGGUGUCACUGCAGGUGCGUCCGGUGCAGAAAGACGCAUUAUCGGUCAUAGGCUUCAGGCUGUAGGUCUCAAAAUAAAGGCUGACGAUACUGAAGGCGCCUUAGAGCAGUUGCAGGAGCUGAUUGAGGCCUACUCUGCAGCCUUCAGGGGUUCUGGCACCGGAGAAGCAGCACUGGCCUCAGGAUCUGCAGCUCUUCCUGGAAAGCCUUCAGUUGCUGCUGCAGUCGUUGGCGCGGCAAGUGGUGUCUUGAACCUUGCUGCGCGGCAGAAGGAUGGGAAGGCAGCACAGCGGGUACUGCUGGUGCUGCAGCAGCACGGGCUGCUGCUGCCUGUACACCCGGACUUGGCUACGGCCUUUAUUGCAGCAGCAGCUGCAACGAACAACGUGACGGCAGUGGGAGCCAUGCUGGCCUUGGUGCAGCAGCAGCAGCAGGAGGUGCAGCAGCGCGCCGUUGCUGCUGCCACAGAGCUGCUGCUGCUGAAGCGGAACCUUGGAUGGAGGGCUUUCAGAGACUCAGGGUUGCUGCUUCUGCUGCAGCGGCGCAAGAGCCUUCCUCCCCAAGGCCUACUCCUCACGCUGCUUGUCAACGAGGUGCUGCUGACAUUGGCAGAGGCGCAGCAGCAGCAGCGGCAGCUGCAACAGCAGGAGGCGGCGGGAGUUGCGCAGAUGGCCGCUGCAGCUGCGGCAGAGCUGCAGCUGCUGCAACAGCUGCAGCAGUCCCUCCACGAGGGCAUGCUGCUGCUGCAGCAAGCCGGAGAGACACAGUCUCCCGUGUCGGUGGCUGCUGCAGCAGGUGCAACAGCAACUCUGCAGCAAACUUCCUUACCGCUGCUGCACCUUGCCCAGUGCAGCGGCGCCGUUCCGCGGUCUCUUCUGCGCAGCUCAGAAGACACCGCGUCAGCGACUGCAGCAGCAGCAGCAAGAAGUUGCACCCACUGCAGCAGCAAGCUUGGCUGUGUAGGCCUUGGCUUGCGGGAAAGGCGACUCCUGCGACUGGGAGUGCUCCGCCUCGCUGCCUUCAGCGGGCAGCGGCAGCUUCGCCGUUUGCUGCACUUUGAGAUGCUGUUGCAGCAGCAACAGCAGCAACAGCAAGCGCCAACGGCGAAGCAGCUUGGGCACCAGCACGCUUCUGGCUUCACAGUGGUGCUGGACGCCGCGAACAUUGCCUACAAUCGACAAAACAAAACUAGCGGCAAGUUCAGCUACUACCAGGUGAGCUAA